CAUUACAGUUUCCCAAAUGCCCUCACCACCUUCACCUUAUUUCUCGGAACUCGACGACAUAGACCUUGACGCCUCUGACUUCACCGCCUCCGUCCCACUCAAAAAGGUUCCCAACGGAGACAUAUUCGAGGCCUCCCGUGCCGGUGACGUUGACCGUCUCCGUUAUCUGCUCGAGUCCGGCGUCAACGUUAACGCCCGAGAUAAUUGGGACUCCGUUGCCUUGUACUAUGCUUGCUUAGCUGGACACUUGGAUGCCGCCCGUAUGUUACUGGAGAAUGGGGCUAUAUGCUCCGAGCAUACCUUCGAUGGGGAUAGGUGUCACUAUGCUGCUUUGAACUUGAAGGUUAGGAAACUUCUCAAGGCUUUCGAGGCUCGUCCGCCGCCUCUUGGACCCUUGCAGGGUGCCCUCAGAGAUACUUUCUUGAGCUGUGAGGCUAAUCGGGGUUUUAUCGACCAGGCUACUGAGAGUGGGCUACAUUUCCAGGUUUCGGGUUUUGCAUCGAAUGGGGCAUCAAGUUCCUAUUAUUUCCCACCAGAUGUUGUAUUUUUUGUGCAAGGCAGACCCAUUGAGGCUCAUAGAGUUAUUUUAAGUUCCCGCUCUCCAUUUUUUAGGAGAAAGUUUGAAACAGACUGGAAAGAUCGCAAUGAAGUGCGAUUUUCAAGAGAAAAGUUGUCUUAUCCUGCUCUCUAUAGUCUCAUCCACUUCUUUUAUUCUGACAGACUAGAGGUUGCUGUAGAUGAUAUGGAGGAUCUUGUGAGAAUUUGUAAAGUAUGCAAAUGUGAAUCGUUACAAAGGAUUCUAGAGAAAGAACUGAUUCACCAAAAAUAUGCUGAAUACAAAGCAUUGAGAGAUGUCGACAACUCUCAAAAACGGUUUAUUUUACAGGGCCUGUCCCUUCCUGAGGAAGACCGGCUUCCUGCUUCCUUGCAUCGAAUCCUUCAAAUUUCACUGGCACAGUCAUCCAAGGAAAACAGCCUAGACAUUGGUGUUGACAGAUUACUGCCUCAUGUUGGUGCUAUGCAGUUAAGUGACUCUCUAGAUGAUCUUGCAGAUAUUUGUGUAAGAGUUGAUAAAAGGAUUUUCCGUUGCCAUCAAGUUGUUUUAGCAUCAAGAUCAGAAUAUUUUAAAACAAGAUUGACUCGUAUGAAAGAAUUUCAUGAAGGGAAAGAUGCAUUACCAAGCGAUACCCUUCCAUAUCUUGAAGAACGUGGUUUGAGUGCUGAGGCAUUUGAGAAAAUGAUCGAGUAUAUGUACACUGAUGGUUUGACAGAUAUAGAUCCAGAUCAGGCGGAAGAAAUGUUUGAUGCCGCUUCUCGCUAUCUAUUAUUUCCUUUGAAGCGUGCUGUAGCUGAUGUACUGCUGCCACAUCUAGAGAUGGUCUCACCAGCUGAAUUGUGCCAUUGGCUGAUGCUAUCUGACAUGUAUGGUGUUCUGAAGAUACGAGACUAUUGUCUAGAUAUGAUUGCUUGCAACUUUGAGACAUUUGCGGACACAUGUGAGUUCCGAGCAAUGCUUUUGACACUGCCACCACCAUCUGGAGAUUCAUCACUCCGGACGACAGUUCCAAGUGCCCCAGGAGCUGUGAUUAAUACAGACCAAGCCAAUCUUCUUGAUGAUCUUCGAGAAAAAUGGCUUGAAGCUGAAGGUGCUGAGCUUGACGAGAGGGAUGAAAGUGCUCUACUUUUUGAUAAGCGCCUAGAGAUGCUUAUGGUUGUUGCAGAACAAGAAAAAUCUCUCCCUUCAGCUGCUGAUGGCCAUGAUUAUGUUACAUAAGCUCUGUUUUCUUUUCAUCAUCUUGUCUUUGCUUGAUAUGAACACCAUGGAUAUUCUCUUUCUUUUUACCUCUCUAUAGUAUAUUUGAUAGAAAAAUAAGCAUCUCAUUUGUAGCAUGGUGUAUUUCUUAGUACAAACAGUUUUGUGUGUUUUUAUAAUUUUUUUAAUAUAUAAGAAAGAGUGUUUUU